AGCAGGCGACGGCGCGAGACCUUCACUAGCACACCCACUAGUAGGAACUAUUCUUUUACAACGAAAAUAACAUCCCCAAAUAACACUACAUCUUUGUCCGCAAGAACUUUUCUACGACCAACCUCGCCAUUGCUCUAUUUUCGUCGAACUAAACAUCCUCCUGCUCUAGUACACCGUGGUCCCACAACUCCCACACAACUUAUUUUGCUGCAACACAAAGUACUGCUACUGGUACAACUACCCAAUUUUUAUGGACUCUUCGCAAGAUCAAGAACUCGCAGUCCCAAUCCAAGUAUUUUUGCAGCUUUAGCUGUACUAUCAAACCGCCGCAGCAUGAUGACGUCUAGAAGCAAGAAAAAGUCCUCUGGUUCAUCUUCAGGGAACAAGCCGAAGCCCAAUGGUGCCACGAAGAACAAGAAGCCCGGUGGAGUUGGGAACUCUUCCGCACCCAAACAGGACAAGAACCUGAGCCAGAAAGUCGUUGGGCCGUCCGUCGUGUCCACCCUGGCCGGGAAAUUGUUCGAAAAGAACGUGGUGGUGGUGGUGUGCGGCGAGGCCCACGAGGACGCCGUCGACUUGACGCGCAAGAACGCCGUGUGCGACCCGGUUCUGGACUGGGUCGAGGUCACCGACCGCCUGCGGACGCGGGAAGAGCACGAGGAGGAGAGAAAAGAACUGGCCUUGGAAGAGGAAGCCCGAAGUACCGCUGGUAGUUGUGUCGGAGAGAAGAGAGCUUUGUUCACAUGCCGGAAAAAGUACGAGCCGGUGCCGUGUGGCCGAUGCGAGUACUGGAAGGCAGAGGCGGACGAAAAAAGCGGGCAUACCGCGGCCGACAAAAAGCCGUGCGAGGUCAGGUCGUGCGGGCCCCGUGCAACUGCGAGGUCGAGCGCGAGCAAUAUGAAACCAUGCCAAGUAGAUGCUGCGGAACGUGAAAUAGAAACGGCAGCAGUUGCUAGUAGAGAGGCAAACAAUACUACUAGCGAGAAGUCGUGCCCUGCCUGCGACCAGCUGGCGCAGGACCUGCAGCUGAUCCCGCUGCAGGUUUGGGAGGAGCGGGAAAAGAUGAAAAAAGAAGGCAAAUCUAUUUUAGGCGAAAAAGAUGAGGCAGCAGCCGAGAAAAAAGUUCGGUUCGGGGGUGAGACGGUGACAGAAUUCGUCGGAGAGGUGGAACGUGAUCAAAAAAAUAACGAAGGAGUUACAACUAGCCGCCCUACACCAAAACUCCCCGCCAGCGAGUGGCCUGCGGUGCUCGACAAAGCCCUGUCCGCACACAACUCCGAGCAGGCCAAGAAGCCGAACGGAAAGAAGACGAAAUUUCAAAACCGCACGAUCUUCGAGUCCAAAAGCAACAAGCUAGUCCUCGCGAAGGCCAAGGAGUGGGGGCAGGAGCUGCUGGACCAGCUCGAGGACGCCAGCGAACCCGAUUCGGGUGACGAGGCGGAAUAUCAAAUGCAAAAGUGUCUGGGUCAGUCUGGAAACUUGUAAUGCUAAAAUGUGCAAGAGGAAAACACUUCCUUAUGCAGAAAAGCAUGACAAGUUGUUUGCAGAACGCUUUCCCAUCCGAAGUCCGCAUGAGAAACUGCGUUUUUGUAUGACGUGAGAGGCUACCACUUUUGUUGGUCACACAAUACAGAUUUCACAGGAAUGCAAGACCAGCAUGACAAGUUACAUCCUUCCAGACCCAGACACUUUUUCAAUCCAUACGGAAGACGGCAGUUUUUUGGAGGAGGCGCUCCUGGUGUGGCAAGUUUUGGAGAAAAAUCGAAAGGGGGUGGAGACCGGGAAGGCGUAUUUGCUGCUCUCGGGGAACAAGAUCAUCGCGGAGCCGGAUAUUGAAGAUGACGAGGAGGAGGAUCAUGACAAGGAAGACGACCGCCCGAAAAAUAAAUCGACUUCCGGUAGUAGUUAUGCAUUGCAAAAGUAUCGUACUCGUAUAAAUGCAUUACAAAUUUCCUCAGCAUGAGAAGUAAAAUUUGUCAUGCGGAUUUACCUUACGAAAAAAAUUUGUAAUGCAUGACUACAAUUACUACGAGUGCGAUACUUUUGCACAGGAUAGUAGUAGUUGUUCUACUACUUCCAACGACGGCGAGGAAUCUGAAUCCGUAUGGAACGCAAAUAUGUCUUGGUCUCGAACUUGUGAUGCAACGAGGGGAAUAUUAAUGGCCACACUGUAAUGCGCUGCCCAGCAUGACAAGUUUUCCCGUGGUUCUGGGUUGCGUUGUACUCCGCAUGAGAAACUGCAGCUUGGCAGGACAGGCAAGAGGGGCUCUUCGCGACCACGCAAUACAGAGUUCAGAGUCGUGCCAGACUAGCAUGACAAAUCUCGCAAUCUCCCAGACCCAGACAUAUUUGCAUUUGAGAAUCCUCGGAAGACGAUGACGACUUCGAAACGCCCCUGGUCCUGAGCUUCGAGUGUGAGAACUGGCCGCUGGAGGAGGUCACCGCCCGGUCGACACUCUACACUGCGCCGCCCUCGAGGAAAGUAGAAAAAACUUCUAGCCGGAAAGAUAAAGACGACUAUCAAGAAGAUCAGUCCUUCCGGCUACCCAGACGGCCCGACCCCGAGAACAAAGCGUUCCGGGUGUUCGCCUUUACGGACAACGACACGGAGGCGCGCAUCUACAACGACCGGCGGCUGCGGGGCGACACCGUGUACGACGAGGAGAUGGAUGCGGUUUUGGAGGUGCGCAAGGACCGGCUGUGGCAGGUGAGCAACGCGAUGCUGUUUGACGACUGGUGCAUCGACCGGCUGAAAGACGCGGAAGACGUGAUGAAAGAACAGGAAGAAGAAACUGGCUCACCACGACCUCCCUAUUCCAUGCACGUCAUUCUGGAGGCCAAGGUCCCCUGCACGGAGGUCGAGUUGAAUUUCACCUACCAGCACGUGCAGGAAAACAAAAUCCGGCAACUGGUCGCGCACCCGAUGUUGAUUGACGACGUGUCCGACAGCGACGAGGACACGGACGACGAAGAGGAUCCGGACGACGGCACGGGGCAUUUUCUCACCUAUUUGGAGCGGCGCCUGCGCCAGCACGGGCGGGACCGGACCAGCAAGGAGAAAAUUUUGGCGGACAUGGACGUAUCGGGCGACAGCAAGAUCGCGCGGAUUGCGAACGAGGUCUACAAUUCGAUCCGGGAGAUUGGCGGGAAGGAGCCGGAUAUCGAAUGCAAAAAUGUCUGAGUCUGGAAGAAUGCAAAUUGUGAUGCUGCAUUUGGAUGUCUAAACAAUUUGUGUUGCAUGAGCAGCAAAAGGAUUCUAGUUUUUGCUACACGGCGGGGAGGGCAUUUGUGAUGCGGAAUAGGCAUCAAGACUCCACCCUCAAAAAACCUGUAAUGCUAGGGCAUGCAUCACAGACAUCAUGGCUCAUGCAAACCGCGCAUGGCCGCAAGUCUCAGAAUCUCUCAGACCCAGACAUUUUUGCAUUUGAUACCGGAUUUCCUGUCGUGCAUCGACCCCCGGGACUUGAGCGAUUUUCGGUGGACCAAGUCCGAGCGGGAUAUCAAAUGCAAACAUGUCUGGGUCUGGAAACUUGCGAUGCUAAAAUGUCCAUGAUGGAAAUGCGUCCAAAUGCAGCCCAGCAUGACAACUUUCCGGAGCGCUUUCUCAUAGGCAGUCCGCAUGAGAAGCUGCGUUCUUGCAUGACAAAAAGGGCUGCGGCUUUUGUCGGUUAUGCAAUACAGAUUUCCCAGGAAUGUACAGCUAGCAUUACAAGUUCCAACUUUCCAGGCCCAGGCAUAUUUGCAUUUGAUACGGGACCAACUCGAGCAAAUCAUGGACCCCGAGGGUUUUGUAUCCUGUGCAAAAGUAUCGUAUUCGUAUUGCAGUCAUGCAUUACAAAUCUUUCUCUUAAGGUAAAUCAGCACUACAAAUUUUAUCUCUGAUGCUGGGGAAAUUUGUAAUGCAUUUGUACGAGUACGAUACAUGUGCAAUUCAUAUUUUGAGGUCAUCAGGAACUUUAUGGAAGCGGAGUCGGCGGAGGAGGAGUUGCUGCGAAAUUAUCCCGAAGUGACAAGAAGCGACGGCAGCUGCAGCCGCGAUUUCUCCAUUCUCGCACGAAAAAAACCGAGAUCCGCGUUGAUGAAAAACCGAACGAGGUACAUGAGCGAGCAGGACUGGCACUUUCCCUCCUGGGAGGGGUUUUUCGGCCAGGCCACGGACCUGCUGCUGUACAGCCAGAACGUCCGGGCCAACUACGUUCCCUUUCUCGCGAACGUGGUGAAAACGUGGCCGAUAUCAAAUGCAAAAAUGUCUGGGUCUGGAAGGUUCCAACUUGUGAUGCUGUCUUUGGAAGGUAAAAAAAUCUGUAUUGCAUGACCAGCAAGAGGAGUUCAGUUUGUUUGUACUACGUGGAGUGGGCGUUUCUCAUGCGGAAUACGCAUCAGAAGGCCCACCUUUGAAAAUAUGCGAUUCUCGGUCAUGCAUUACAGGCAUCAUGGGUUAUGCAAAAUAUGCAUGACAAACCUGGCAAUCUUCCAGACUCAGACACUUUUGCACUUGAUAGCCGAACCUGAUGCGGUUCAUGACGACGCUGUACUUCGGGACGAUCGACGACGCUAUCAAAUGCAAAAAUCCCUGGAUGUCUGGAAGAAUGCAACUUGUGAUGCUGCAUUUGGAUGUCCAAAAAAUUUGUGUUGCAUGAGCAGCAAGCGGAUUGUAGUUCUUGCUACGCGGAGAGGGCAUUUGUCAUGCGGGAUAGGCAUCAAGAACCCCUCAAAAAACCUGUGAUGCUAGGGCAUGCAUCACAGACAUCAUGGGUGAUGCAAACCGUGCAUGACAAGUCUUAGAAUCUUCCAGACCCAGACAUUUUUGCGUUUGAUAGACGCGCGGAAGGUGCUGGAUUUGACGAGCAAGGACCAGGGACGGUGCUGCUUCGUGCGCAGCAUCCUGGAGUUCAGUGACCACAAAUGGGGGAAAGACUUUGUCAAAAAAGUAGAGGACAACAUCAAGACGGAUCAUACUAAAGUCGUGGACGCAAGUAGUACUAGUAGUAUCAAAAGCCUCGAGGACACCAGAAGUAAAAAUGUUGAAGACGAAAACACCAGUAGCGCUAGCGGCUCAACAGCUACCUCCCCAAAGAAGAGAAAGACUACGAAGGACGACGAGGGUACUGCUGACGAGGAGCAAGACGACGAAAAAGGGAACUCUUCCUCGGCGAGUAUCCUGAGUAAAAACGUACCCACACCAGAGUUGUAAUGCAGAUUUGCAAAGACAGGAAGACUUGUAAUGCGCAUUCGCAUGAGUGCCAUUUCUUAUCGUGUUUUGGAAUUUGUGAUGCUGUCAACAGGAUGAGCAGGUGGAUUUGUUAUGCGGCUUCCCUUGCUAAACUGCACUACAAUACAGCCUGCAACUUGUCAUGCGUGACUCACAAAACUCCUGGGUUUGUGUUGCAAAAUCCUCAUCCUGACUCUGGUGUGGGUACGUUUUUACUCAGGAUAGCGAGCACCGCGGAGCCGAAUUCCAGCACGGAAACCUGGGGCGACGUGGCCAGCAACAUGAUAAAGGGUGGACGAGAUGUUGAGCAGAAGAAAACAUCACAACAAGCUCCUCCUAGAAGUACAACAGUAGGAGCUUCAUCAACAACCAACACUAGUACCGAAAAUAAAACCCCCACCACCACCACUACCCCCUCGCAACGAAGAACGUUCAAGCGCGAUAUUAUGCGGCGCGACGAUACGUAUGCAGCCAUCGUUUCUGACUCCCACGCGCCGCUCUCCGCCUGCAUGCGGGCCAAGGGGUCGAAUCCGCCCCGGACCUGGAUCAGUAACGUGGCAGAAAAAAUUGCGCAAGAAGAUGCAGCGGUCGUGCGGCCUUCUGGCAAGAACACCACUACAUCGUCUGAACAAACCAUGAAGCUCAGGAUGGAGAAAAUUAAGAAGCAGCGGGAGGAGUACGUAAAAAAGGUGAAGAAGUUCUACGUCGACGCGGUGAAUGCGGAGCUCGGGAGCGACGAAAAAACCGGGUUAACGCUGAAGGAGGCGGACAGCACGGGCGACUACUUUGUCGCGUUCCUGCGUGCCUGCCACCCGGAAAUCUACCACGACAUUGACCACAGCGACUGCGUGCAGGUGGUGGAGGCGAAAAACAUGCGAAGUCUCAAGUACGAGAACAAAAAGUACAAUUUGCAAAAGAUCGAGUACGCCAAGAACGCGACGCAGGCGUUCUCAGAGGUUUUGAACUGCUGGGACGAGUACCAUAUCAAAUGUAAAAAUGUCUGGGUCUGGAAACUUGUGAUGCUGGGUGGCGUCUGAUGAUGACGCAUCAAAUGCUGGCUCAGCAUGACAAGUUUCUGAGCUCCUAGGUGUUGCCUAUUCUGCAUGACAAACUGCGCUUCUGCAUCACAGAAAAACGGAGCUCUUGGGUAACGUGCAUGACAGAUUUCAGAGUCAUGCCAGACAAGCAUGACAAACAUGAAUUCUUCCAGACCCAGACAUUUUUACAUUUGAUAUACCAAAUGCUGUACAAAGCGCAGCGGGAGGAGUACGAGCUAUCAACUGCAAAACUUUAUCGUACUAAGUAUAAAUUGCAUUACAAAUUGAGGUAUAAUUACAAAUUGAAUUUGUAAUGCGGAUUUGCCUUAACAAAAAGAUGUGUAAUGCAUAAACGCAAUUAGUACGAGUACGAUACUUUUGCACUGCAUACGAGCAAGGCAAAAACGACUUGAGCAGGAAAAGCGACUGGAAAACCAACUACCCCAUAUCACAUGCAAAAAAUAUGUCUGACUGGGUCUCGAAUAAACUUGUGAUGAUAUGCAAGUCAGAGAAGAACAACAAUGCGCACACUACAAUAUGCACUGCCAAGCAUGACAAAUUUUUCCGUGGUUCUGAGUUGUGUAGUACUCCGGCGCAUUAGAAACUGCGUUUCUGCAUGACAGGCAAGAGCAGGAGCUCUUUGAUGCGGCCACGCAAUACAGAGGUCAGAGUCAUGCCAGAUUAGCGUGACAAAUCUCGCAAUUAUCUCCCAGACGACCCAGACAUGUUUGCAAUCCAUACCCCAACUUCUGCAGCAACAAGGGGCAAGUGUACGCGAAGAUCCUGAUCGACGCCUUCAACAACAAAGUCGUCGACUGUGCGGCGUUGCUCAACAUCGGCAAGGCGGUUCUGGAGAAACCCUCCGACAACGUGGUGAUUGUGUGUUACGCGGGCAGCGAGCACACGCAGAACUGCGAAAAGUUUCUGAAACACCAGUGCGGGUUUCAACACUUUCAGAACGGGAAGCAGCUGGGCCUGCGGGAUUACGACGAGGAUUGGUGCCACAUGCUGGAAUUUCCGCCCUACUUGAUGGACUUUCGGAAACUGUUUGAGAAGAAAUAAGUGGGAAUCAAACUCCUACGAGGGACACUAAUAUCAAACUACUAGUAUGAAAAAAUAUUUUUGUUCCGUAGGGAAAGUAAGAUAAAAUUGAAAUCGCCUGAGCUCCUCUUCCGCUAGGGCCCGCCACUGAACCAGGGCUAUUUGUUUCUCUGCAUAGCAGUUUAUUGCCUCAAAGGCUAUCAUUUCAUUUGUAGCUUUUUAAGGCAGGAGUUUUACAUGCAUUGCAGGUAGUACUAGAAGCAGAACCUUGUGGACGUACUUUGCACAUCAUGAUCUCUGAAGAAUCCUUCUCAACUAUUAAGAUUUAGUUGCAUUUUUUUGAGUGAUAUUCAAGCGACAUGAAGAUUUUCAAGGCGAGUGACCAUCUUCCUGAUCUCUUUGUUUCCCGACCGAUGCGCUUUAGUUUUAGACCACGAGGUAGUUGUAGUGAGCGGG